CAUCUAGUGGCUGAGCCUCGCAGUUUCAGUAUAUGACGCAUUUGACGGCAGUCUCCACAGCAGUACCUUGUCUGCGUCAGUCCCAGGACAGCACAAAAGGCAGCAUCUUCUGUUUCAUCCCUACUGUGAACCAGUGAGCACACCUUGCAGGCGAAGCGUCUUCUAGGCUGAGCCAGUAUGGGGAAGGAGAAGCUCCACAUUAACAUUGUGGUUAUAGGACAUGUGGACUCGGGGAAGUCCACCACCACAGGCCACCUCAUCUACAAGUGUGGGGGCAUCGACAAAAGAACGAUUGAGAAGUUUGAGAAGGAAGCUGCAGAGAUGGGAAAAGGAUCCUUUAAAUAUGCGUGGGUUUUGGACAAACUCAAGGCAGAGCGUGAACGUGGAAUCACCAUUGACAUCUCUCUCUGGAAGUUUGAGACAAGCAAGUAUUAUGUCACCAUCAUUGACGCUCCGGGACACAGAGACUUCAUCAAGAACAUGAUCACUGGGACAUCCCAGGCUGACUGUGCUGUGUUGAUUGUGGCUGCGGGUGUGGGCGAGUUUGAAGCUGGCAUCUCAAAGAACGGGCAGACUCGUGAGCAUGCCUUACUUGCCUACACUCUGGGAGUGAAGCAGCUCAUCGUAGGUGUCAACAAGAUGGAUUCAACUGAGCCCAACUACAGCCAGAAGCGCUAUGAAGAGAUUGUGAAGGAAGUCAGUACUUACAUCAAGAAGAUUGGGUACAAUCCCGACACCGUGGCUUUUGUACCCAUCUCAGGCUGGAAUGGAGACAACAUGUUGGAGCCCAGUCCUAAUAUGACCUGGUUCAAAGGCUGGAAGAUCAAUCGUAAAGAUGGAAGUGCCUCAGGCACCACUCUGCUGGAGGCUCUUGAUGCCAUCCAGCCUCCAACCCGACCCACUGACAAGCCUCUUCGUCUGCCUCUGCAGGACGUUUACAAAAUUGGAGGUAUUGGUACUGUGCCUGUGGGUCGAGUAGAAACAGGAAUCCUGAAACCUGGUAUGGUGGUGACUUUUGCUCCCGUCAAUGUGACCACUGAAGUCAAGUCAGUGGAGAUGCACCAUGAGGCCCUGAGUGAGGCGCUACCUGGAGACAAUGUGGGCUUUAAUGUCAAGAACGUCUCUGUGAAGGAUAUUCGCCGAGGUAAUGUGGCUGGAGACAGCAGGAACGACCCACCACAAGAGGCAGCUGGCUUCACCUCCCAGGUGAUUAUCCUGAACCACCCUGGUCAAAUCAGUGCUGGCUAUGCCCCUGUGCUCGACUGCCACACUGCACAUAUCGCUUGCAAGUUUGCAGAGCUGAAGGAAAAGAUAGACCGCCGCUCUGGAAAGAAGCUGGAGGAUAACCCGAAGUUUCUCAAAUCUGGAGAUGCUGCCAUUGUGGAUAUGAUCCCAGGCAAGCCUAUGUGUGUGGAGAGCUUCUCUGAGUACCCACCGCUUGGCCGUUUUGCUGUCCGAGACAUGCGUCAAACGGUGGCGGUGGGAGUGAUAAAAGGCGUGGAAAAGAAAGCCCCUACAAGUGGUAAAAUCACCAAAUCUGCACAGAAGGCACAGAAGGCCAAAUGAACGUUGUGCUGGGCUGCUGCCCCAAACGUUCAGAGAGGCAGAAGACCCGCAGACAUCUUGCUCCAUUUGCACACCAUAGUAAACGUCUGGUCCAUUAUCACAAUGCAUCGCAAAAGCAGACGAAGGAAAAAAUAAUUGUUUCAGUUAGAGAUUAGCACGUUAGCUAACUGUUAUACGUACAUUUGAUUGUAUCUUGUUUCGUGCUUGAACAUCACUACGGGUUUGCAUUGCAGUUCAAAGAUGUUAGUUGUUAGUUGUUAAAUUUAUCCUGCUAGUUUAUCUAGAGAUGCUCUGUAGUAACACAGUAAAGAUGUUCUUCUCUGUGAUCUCUGUACAAGUAAUGUUCCUUGUUCAAGCUUUAAAACUGUUAAACUCAGCAGCUAGAAAUAUACAGGUUGUUUGCAUGUUUGCUUAUAGCACCUCAGAGAAACCAGCUUUAGAAACUAAAAUAGUUCAACUAAACAUCCUGCCUGAUACAAGCUCCCUUAAAGUAGCUCUGAUCCACGUUACUGUAAAGUGUGUGCACCUUAAAUGCUGGUACUUGUGAGAAUAUGUUCGUAAAAGUAAAAUAUAUUUAAAAACUUCA